GUUCGAUCGAAAGUCGGAGGGAGUUUACUGUAUGAGGAGGUCUGCGUCAUAUCCAGCAGUGACCUCAACAAUUACUAUCCACAUAUAGCAUUUCUCUCUUGGUAAUGUAGUUGAAGGGGAAAAAUGAGACUUGGAGUUACACACGCCAAUCUUCAUCUGAAAGAUGGGCCUGAAAUUAAAGCUGUCGACGAAGUUACAACUCCUACACUUAUUGGGAUAUGUGUGGGAAGUGCCUUCUUUAUAUUAACAUUGGCAGCCGUUAGUUACUUCUGUUAUCGAAGACGAUCCGGAUACACUAGCCAUAAACUGCUAUCGAGUAAGAAACACUACAGUCAGAAACCAAUUGUUUUAAAGAAACCAACAGCGGUUAAGAGCCCGAGUAGUGGCCCUAUAGGGCCCAUAUUGAAGAAGAGCCCUAGUCCACCGGGUCAUGGUAUAUCUCCCGGGCAGAAAUCACCAUCAGAAAUCUCGACAUGUAGCCAAGAUAAGCAUAAAAAUUGCCCCGACAUAACUAACGACAUCGAGAACGAACCAGAAGAAGACAAGAUCCCAACACCCGUCACAGAAGAGGUGGAGAAUAAGGAGAAGGAUGUAGAAGAGGAGAAGGUUAAGAAAUUGGGAAAGCUUCACUUCCGCUUAAAGUACACAGCAGAGAAAUAUUCCCUAUUGGUGACGAUCGUACGUUGCACGGAUAUUCCUCCUAAAGAUCCCAAUGCGGGAACUUCAGAUCCUUACGUCAAAUUACAACUUCUACCCGAAAAACAGCAUAAAGUUAAAACUAGGGUCCUUCGCAAAACGCUUAAUCCCGUUUACGACGAAGAUUUCACAUUCUACGGGAUCAAUCCUAAUCAGCUUCAGGCAACCACACUACACUUUGUGGUUUUGAGUUUCGAUAGAUAUUCACGGGACGAUGUUAUUGGCGAAGUUAUAUGCCCUAUGGCGGGAUUAGAUUUCGAUUGUUUGGCUAAACAGAUGUCGUUGAGUAAGGAAAUAAUGCCCAGGAACAUUAAGGUUCGAUCCCAAGGACGUGGAGAUCUUUUAGUGUCUCUCUGCUAUCAACCAGCAGCCAAUAGAUUGACGGUAGUGGUAUUAAAAGCAAGAAACCUCCCCAAGAUGGAUAUAACCGGUUUGUGCGAUCCAUACGUAAAAAUCUACCUUCUCUACAACAAUCAACGCAUUGCGAAGAAGAAAACACACGUCAAGAAACGUACAGUUAAUCCCGUAUUUAACGAAUCGUUCGUCUUCGACGUACCUUAUAACGAAGGAUUGGAAAACAUAAGUUUGGAAUUCUUAGUCUUGGAUUGGGAUAGAGUAACUAAAAACGAAGUAAUCGGACAUUUGGAACUUGGAGAUAAAUUCGAAGGUGCAGCCCAGUUGCAUUGGCAAGAAGUUUGUAAUUCUCCAAGACGUCAGAUAGCAGAAUGGCACAAAUUAAGAGAUUAAAAUCAUUGUACUAACUGCUGCAAAUUUAUUAUUAUUAGUUAUUAUUUUGUUGUAUUUUGGAAAUUAUUUAUAAAAAUUAUUAGACAAAGGCAAAAAAAAAACAACAAAAAUUUCCAUUUAGAAAUUCUAAAAACCCCAAAAAAUAAAAAAUAAAAACCACACAAUAUUUAAAAACAUGGAAGAAUUCAUUGCUGUUCCAGAUUCGAAGUGUUGCUUAUACUGUGUAUAUCUAAUUGUAUUUUAAAUUUUCGUUAACGUGUCGUCAAUUUUUGGAUGAAGUAGUUCCUAUAAUUACAAUGAUUAUCCCCCUGAUACCAUUAUACACCGAAUUUAUGAUUUUGUUUACGUUAAUUAGAGGUAGUACUUAAACACGGGAUAUUAAUCUAUUCUGUUUAUUGUUAAUAUCAUACGCUGAAGCUAAAAAAAGAAAACAAAAAUUGAUAAAAAUUUCUAAUGGUUCCCAUCAAUUUCGUGUGUUAAUUCUUGAUUAAAUCUUUUUUUUUUGGCAUUUAAAAUAAUUGUAUUCUUCUAUAACAAUAUAUAUAUAUAUAUAUACACACAUAUAUAUCAUAUUUUAGUACAAAUUUAAUUAAGAAAAUGAUUGUAAAUUCAUAAGAAAAAAAUUCAUAAAAAAUGAUGUGUUGUUGUAUAUAGCACAAUUCAAUUAUAAUAUUGUUGGGUUGUAAUAUUUAAUACCUUAAAAAAUUCGUUGUUAGUUGUGUAAAAAUGCAAAAAAAAACAUCACGUGAUUGGUUUCUGCAUAUGUGAAAAACCAAAAAAAAAAAAAAAAAAAAUAUUUGUUACUUGUCCUAAUAUAAACAUCAACCUUGCUGAAUAAAUGAUUAUUUAUAAUAAAUUAUUGAAUGAUGG